GGGACUCGCGUUGGAGAAUCGGGAGGAGAGGAUGAAGGAAUGCGAGGUUAGGUUGCGUAGGUGAGGUUGAAAAGUGUAAAUGGCGAGGAAUGGCAGUGUUGACGGUGAUAAAAAGGAAUUUGAGGCGGCUUCCGGAAGUUGAGGUGAAAGUAGAGGGAAUGAAAGACGCUAUCAAGAAAGCAGAGCCGAAGAAAGACACGAGAGUAAAAGAGAGUGAAGAGGAGAGGAAUGAACGCAGGAAGAUAGAAGCCAAGACCCGCAGAACAGAUACCCGAAUCGACCAAUUGAUAGGUAGGAAACGAAGGAUGGAAGUUAGAGCCCUACAGCCCAAGGAAUUGCAAGACCUCGUGCGCGAAAAGAAGCUACUGGAUAUGGGCAUAGCAUCGGAUAGCGAUGCGUACAGCCAUGCUUGGUUUCAACAGCUCUCGAAAGACAUGCGGUCACGUUUACCUAGAGAGAUCCGCGACAUGAUAUAUAAGUAUCUCAGGACGGACGAUUGGCUCGUUGAGGUCAGAGACGACUGGUACGAUAACGGGAUGUUGGAAGAGACAUUUCCUCUCCGUAAGCCGUGGUUGCGACCUGAUUAUGUUGGAUUGCAGAUGGUUCGUGAGGUUGUGGAGUCAAAUCUCCCGCCCAUCGCAUUCCAAGUCGAUUGCAUGACAGUCAUAGAGACGCUUUUCGAGACCGACAUCUUCAGCUGCGGUAUCAAAACUGUCAACGUCAUACGGACUCUUAGCAUCCCGUUCCGCCUCGACGACUUUGAGAAGGAACAGAUAGACGGGCAUUGGGCUUUCAAGCCAGGACGGACCGAGAUCCUCGAGAAGAUGGCCAAAACUUUCGAGGAGAUCCAGACGUUGAAAAGAGUACGACUUAGAAUCUUUGCCGCUGAGAAAAGAUCACGCGACCAGUGGAAGGUACUUCUAGGCAUGGCCCCUUCUGUUUACAGCUUGCGUGCGAGGGGAUUCGAUGUCUUGGUUGCGGCGCCUAGGUUUGGAUUUCCUGAAUGGGGAGAAGCGCUAGAGGGGGGGAGAGGGCAGUUCUGGGACUUCACAAAACUCUUUGACGAGGGUGCUGAGGAUUUCGAAAGGAGGCUGGAAUCCCAGCGCCGCAAUUAUAAAGAGACAACACUUUCUUUAACAUUUGAGCAUAUCCUGACAGCGCCGAUUCAGAAUUGAGUUCUCAAAAAGGAAACAAAUGGAAAGUUGAUACGCGUUGUUAUCAUUUAUUUAAAAU